CCACAGGCUUUCCCGGGUGAGGACGUGCCCGUCUUCGACUUGCUGGUGCUGGGGGUCGGGCCGGACGGACACACCUGCUCCCUCUUCCCCGGCCACCCCCUGCUCCAGGAGAAAGAGAAAAUAGUUGCUGCCAUCACCGACUCGCCAAAGCCACCGCCAGAGCGAAUAACGUUAACCCUGCCUGUGCUGAACGCCGCGCGGAUGGUCGUGUUCGUGGCUACGGGGGAAGGCAAAGCUGCCGUUUUAAAGGGUUGGACCCAAAAUCGCAUUUUAGAAGGCGACGAGGAAAACCCCCUUCCCGCCGCCCGCGUCCGGCCUCACUCCGGGCAGCUGCGCUGGUUCCUGGACGAGUCGGCAGCCAAGGAGCUGACGGUCCCCGUCGAGAAACACUCCGUCUUGUAG